AUGACGAUUCCGGAUUCGUCUGGGUACAAUUACAUGAUGGAGAAUGGAUCGAUAGACUUACCAUGCAAGCCCGAGGAAGAGUGGAGGAUUGUUCAGGAUUUGACAGCCAAAGCUGAGAAUAGUUUGCGCGAAGACAAUUUGUACUAUGUUAUAUCUAAAAGGUGGUUCAGUGUCUGGGAAAGAUACACAUUGCAAACAGAUGGUGCUUAUUUAUUUGAAUCCGAGUCCUUGAUAUCAACAAAUUCAGGAGCUAGGCCUGGACCAAUUGAUAACUCUGAUGUAAUUGCAAAUGGAAAGGAUAAUAAGGAUGAUGAUCCGCAGCUUUUUAGAACUCUAGAAGAAGGGCGUGAUUAUGUAUUAGUUCCGCAAGAAGUUUGGGAGAAGCUUUUGGAGUGGUACAAAGGAGGGCCGGCAUUGCCUCGGAAAAUGAUAUCUCAGGGAGAACAACAGAAGCAUUUCAGUGUGGAGGUUUUCCCCCUGUGUCUCUCUUUAAUAGAUUCCAGAGACCAGAGUGAAGUGAUUAUAAGGUCAAGUAAAAAGGCUUCUUUACAUGAUCUAUUUGAGACAGUGUGUCAGCUUAAAGGGAUAGUCCGAGAAAAGGCACGUAUCUGGGACUUUUUCAAUAAGCGGAAGCAUACAGUUUUGAUCCCUUCAAACCAAACCCUGGAGGAAUCUAACUUGCAGAUGGAUCAAGAUAUUCUUCUUGAGGUGCUAGUUGAUGGGUUUGGCAUGGAUUCAACUGGAAAUGGUUUAGCCUUGGUUCCAGUAGAACCUCCAACAUCAUCUGUUACAAUUGCUGGUGGCCCAAGUUUGUCAAAUGGUUAUUCAACUGCUUAUGUCUCCAAUAUGUAUCAUCGAAAUAAUUUAAGUUCCACAUUUGGAGAUAUGGAGGAUGGAUAUGAGAGCUUGAGACCGAUACAACGAGGUGACAAGGGAGGUUUGGCAGGAUUGCAGAAUCUGGGGAACACUUGCUUCAUGAAUAGUUCUAUCCAGUGUUUAGUUCACACACCACCCCUGGCUGAGUAUUUCUUGGAAGAUUACAGUGAGCAGAUCAACAGACAAAAUCCUCUUGGGAUGCAUGGUGAGCUUGCGCUUGCAUUUGGUGAGUUGUUGAGGAAACUGUGGUCCUCCGGUAGGACUCCAGUUGCUCCUCGUUCUUUUAAGGGAAAACUUGCUCGUUUCGCUCCCCAGUUCAGUGGGUAUAACCAGCAUGACUCACAGGAGCUCCUUGCCUUUUUACUUGAUGGGCUGCAUGAAGAUUUAAAUCGUGUAAAGCAGAAACCAUACAUAGAAACAAAGGAUUCUGAUGGUCGGCCUGAUGAAGAAGUUGCAGAAGAGUUUUGGAGAUACCACAAGGCCCGAAAUGACUCUGUAAUUGUUGACGUCUGCCAGGGCCAAUACAAAUCCACACUGGUCUGCCCAGUUUGCAGCAAAAUCUCGAUAACGUUUGAUCCUUUCAUGUACCUGUCCUUGCCUCUUCCUUCAGUAGCCACUCGGACAAUGACGGUAACAGUGUUUUACGGCAAUGGAAGUGGGCUUCCUAUGCCAUUCACCGUUACUGUCCUGAAGCAAGGAUGCUGCAAAGAUCUUAUCCAGGCUGUAAGCGCUGCAUGUUGCUUACAAAGUGAUGAAUAUCUGCUCCUUGCUGAGGUCUAUGAAAAUCGGAUAUACAAGUACCUGGAAAAUCCAUCAGAAGCAUUGAUUUCAAUAAAGGAUGAUGAACAUAUUGUUGGUUACAGACUCCCUAAAGGUGGAGCGGAGGUAACAAGACUAGAGAUAUGUCACCGACGCUAUGAAAUCGAUAGGAAGCACUUUCUGACACCAUUAGUUACUUCGUUGGAAGAUCUGCAAUGUGGAGCUGAUAUCGAGCUUGCUGUUAACAGAAUGCUUUCGCCAUUAAGAAGGAAAGCAUUUAUCCCUCCAGUACCAGUUCAUAGUGGGCAGGAAAAUGGCUAUGCUUUAGAUGCACCAGGAGAGAGAAAUGACUGCAGUAGCACUGUGUUAAGACCUGGGAUCCAAUCAGCAUGUGAUAUAGAACCGGAAGGAAUGUCCAUCAGUGAGUUGUCAUUACGGCUUUUCCUCGCCGAUGAUCGAGGUUUAAGUUUCAGGUCAAUUGUGAAGGAGUCACCCAUAAAACCUGGCAGAAUGGUUAAAGUCAUCCUAGAGUGGACUGACAAAGAACAUGAGUUAUAUGACGCCAGCUUUCUCAGGGAUCUUCCUGAAGUUCUCAAGACAGGAGUUGCAGCUAAGAAAACCAAGCAGGAAGCCAUCUCUUUGUUUUCCUGCUUGGAUGCCUUUCUGAAAGAGGAACCUCUUGGCCCUGAUGAUAUGUGGUAUUGUCCUCGAUGCAAAGAACAUAGGCAAGCAACUAAAAAAUUGGAUUUGUGGAGGUUGCCAGAUGUACUUGUCUUUCACUUGAAGCGAUUCUCAUAUAGCCGAUGGCUGAAGAACAAACUGGACACCUUCGUGAAUUUUCCCAUCCAUAAUUUGGAUUUAAGCAAAUAUGUGAAAAGCAAUGAUGCAUCUGAAGGUUCACAUGUGUAUGAGCUAUAUGCUAUUAGCAAUCAUUAUGGGGGCCUUGGGGGUGGUCACUAUUCUGCAUAUUGUAAGUUAAUUGAUGACAAUAGAUGGUAUCAUUUCGAUGAUGCUCAUGUUUCACCGGUCACCGAGUCUGAAAUCAAGACAUCUGCUGCUUAUGUAUUGUUCUACCGGAGAGUUAAAUGUCACACGAAUGGAACGGUUGGUGAAACAUCGCAGGGUCAUGGCGCUAUUUGA